ACACACAUAAACACACAGUUACUUUCCCGCUCCUUUCUCUUGUCUACACAGAAUCAACAGUGUCUUCAUAUUGUACUAGCUAGGGCUUGAUUAUAACCAGAGAUCCGCCAUGGAAAUCGAUGGCAAAACGAACCUUCUUCUUCUAUUUGGAUUUUAUCUUCUUCUCUCUUUGAUUGCUUCAUCUGAUUCAUCGCUUCAGUACGACUAUUAUCGACAAUCCUGCCCUGAAGCGAACCAGAUUAUUAAAUCAACUCUACGCCGGAUCUACGAUCGAAAUUCGAGUGCUGCUCCAGCUAUUCUUCGCCUGGUUUUUCACGAUUGUUUUGUACAGGGAUGCGAUGCCUCGGUACUUUUGGAUCCCACAGAAAUAAUGGGAAGCGAGAAAGACACUCCACCGAAUCAAUCUCUGAAAGGAUUUGAACAUCUUGACAUCAUCAAAGCCGAAUUAGAAAAUGCAUGCCCUGGCGUAGUUUCUUGUGCUGAUCUUCUUGUGUUGGCUGCUCGUGAGAGUGUGAUUCUAGCUGGUGGACCAUUUUAUCCAGUUCACACAGGUAGAAAAGACAGCAGUCGAUCUUUCCCUCAACUCUCAUACGAGCUUCCUAGUCCCUUAGAUGAUCUUUCCACAAACAUUGCAAGAUUCGCAACAAGAGGUUUCACUGACAAAGAAACAGUCACUCUUUUAGGUGCUCAUAGUACUGGAAUGAUUCACUGCAAAUUCUUUGAAAAAAGACUAUACAACUUUGGUGGAACAGAUAAACCAGACCCAUCAAUGGACUCUGAAUUUGUGGAGUUAUUAAGAUCAGUAUGCAACAACCGAUCACAUUCCCAUUCCCACUCCCAAUCACCAUCAGCAUCACUAUCUCCAUCACCUUCUUCAUCAAAAACCAGACAAGAUCAGGGAAUGAAGAUGGAUUAUGAAGGAAAAGGGUCGGGUUUUGGGACUCUGUAUUACAGGAGCCUUCUUCAGGGUAGAGGUAUACUGUUUGUAGAUCAACAGUUGACAGCUGGAGAAGAAACUGCAACUUGGGUUAGACAAUAUGCAUCUGAUGUUUCUUUGUUUAGAAAAGAUUUUGCACAGGUGAUGAUGAAGCUUUCGAGUACUCAAGUGUUGACUGGAGAUAAAGGGGAAGUGAGACUAAACUGCAGAGAAGUGACUUCUUCUUUGUGGUAAGUUUUUGGUAUCG